AUUUUGUCAGUAGUUUUUUAUAUAUACACUAAUGUAACCAAAAAAUAGUCAUUAGUUAUUUAAUAUUUGAAUAAAUAUGGAGAAUUGGCAUUUAAUAUACUUUUUGUUAAUAAUAUGCUGUUUGAUAUUUAACGAAGGUACAAAUAGAAAAAAUGAAAAUGAAACUUUAGAAUUUUUGUAUAAUGAUAAUGAAAAUGAUAGUAAAUGGGUUGAAGAAAUAACAGUUAUAGCUGCUGCAAAAGGAAAUUUGGAAUUUUUAAAAUAUGUUCAUCAAAAUGGCUACAAAUGGGACGAACGCAUAACUGCUGCAGCUGCCGCAGGAGGUCAUAUAAACAUUUUAAAAUAUGCAUAUGAAAAUGAAUUUCCCUGGAAUGAAAGCACAACAGAAGCAGCUGCAAAGUAUAGCCAUUUAGAAUGCCUACAAUAUGCCUGUGAAAAUGGCUGUAAAUGGAAUAUAUUCCAAAUCGUAUUAAAUGCUAUUAUAAACGAAAAUCUAGAAAUUAUAAAAUAUGUCCAUAAAAAUUUAAGCAAAUUGAAUAAUGUCCUAACUAUGAUUGCUGCCUUUGCAGGUAAUUUAAAUAUAUUAAAAUAUGCCCAUGAAAAUGGAUGUCUGUGGGAUGAAACCACAACAAAAGCAGCUGCUUCUAAUGGUAAAUUAGAAUGUUUAAAAUAUGCCCAUGAAAAUAAAUGUCCAUGGGAUGAAACUACAACAAAAGCAGCUGCUUCUAAUGGUAAAUUAGAAUGUUUAAAAUAUGCCCAUGAAAAUGGGUGUCCAUGGGAUGAAACCACAACAAGAGCAGCUGCUUCUAAUGGUAAAUUAGAAUGUUUAAAAUAUGCUCAUGAAAAUGGGUGUCCGUGGGAUGGAAAUACAACAGAAGCAGCUGCUUCUAAUGGUGAAUUAGAAUGUUUAAUAUAUGCCCAUGAAAAUGGGUGUGAAUGGGAUAAAUAUACGACUAUUGAAGCUGCUUCAAGUGGUUAUUUGGAAUGUUUAAAAUAUGCUCACGAAAAUGGUUGUCCGUGGGAUGAAAAUACAACAGAAGCAGCUGCUACUUGCGGUGAAUUAGAAUGUUUAAUGUAUGCACAUGAAAUGGAAUGUCCUUGGGAUGAGAGUAUAACUAGAGCUGCUGCAGCAAAUGGUAGUUUUGAAUGUUUGAAAUAUGCACACGAAAAUGGAUGUCCUUGGAAUGAAAGUACGCCGAGUGUUUCUGCAGAAAGUGGUAAUUUUGAAUGUUUGAAGUACGCCUACGAAUACGGAUGUGUUUGGGAUAAGAGUACAACUAAAGCUGCUGCAGCAAGUGGCUGUUUAGAUUUCUUAGUAUAUGUUCAUGAAAAAGGAUGUAAUUGGCAUGAAGAUACAAUAGGUGUGGCAGCUGUACAAGGUAAUUUAAAUUGUUUAAAAUAUGCCCGCGAACACGGAUGUGAUUGGGUUGAAGGCACAAUGAGAGGGGCUGCAGCAAAUGGACAUUUAGACUGCUUAAAGUAUGCCUAUGAAAAUGGUUGUGAGUGGGACGAAGGCACUACAAGAGAAGCUGCUGCUAGUGGUCAUAUUAAUUGUUUGAUAUUUGCACAUAAAAAUGGUUGUAAAUGGGAUGAAGGUACAACAAGUGGAGCUGCUGCAAAUGGUCAUUUAGAUUGCCUAAUAUAUGUUAAUAUAAAUGGGUGUGAAUGGGAUGAAGGCACAACAAGACUUGCUGCUGCAAAUGGUCAAUUUAAUUGCUUAACAUAUGCUCAUGAAAAUGAUUGUCCAUGGAGUAAAGAAACCAUUUAUGAAGCUACUCGAAAUGAUUAUACUGAUAUAACCAAUUAUGCUGCCGCAAAUGGUUGUCUUAACUAAUAUGAUACAAUAAUCUUUAUGUCUAUUAUACACAUUUACGUUUUCUAUCAACAAUUUAUUUUUGAAAUAAAUUAACUUGAUUUUUA